AAACCACCGAGAUGAGUGAGGAGUAAGACUCAUUGUCUACACAAUCAGUCUCAAGCGGCGCAUCCAAGUGGUCCUGUGUUUGCCUUUAGUGCUCACCGUCCUGUUUUCUUUUUUUUUCUUUCCUAGGCAGGCGCGGGAGACCAUCACCCGCAUGUUCCAAGAAAUUGGAAACACCCUGAACGGCAAAGGCGAUUACUCGGAGAGUGAGGAGGAAACUGACAGCGAUACUGGCGCACAAGGUAGCAUUGCCGUGAGACUUAAUUCCUAUGUCGUUACCACAUUCAAAUCCCCAGUUUUGUCUGAACCCUGCUGCUUAUCUUCUGCACGAUCUAGCCGCACCGUCAGCAGGUUCAUCGAAUGGUCAAACCGACGGCAACCGCGCAGCAGAACCACCACAGAAAAAGAAGAAAAAGAAGAAGAAAAAGAAAGCCGCCAACAAGCCAGAUCUUGAGGACAUUCUUGAGAAUGCCGAGGCACUUGAACCUGAGGACCCCUUCGACAUGUCAAAGUCCAUUGCCGAACGAGUCGAGAUUGCCGUGACCAGAUUCCGCAAGAACCGAAAGUUCAGCCCUGAACGCGCCAAGAUCCUUUCCACUUAUCUCGACUAUGGCGGCAUUCGCUCCGGCCCCAAGAGCUUCCAAGGAGGAGCGGUCAAAUCCGGAGGUCCUGAUGAUGAUGGCGAAGUCGAUUUCGAGGCGCUUAACGCAGGAAUUGAUCUAGUAGAGUUGCCUGAGGAUGGUCAGGAGAUCGAUUUUUCGAACGUGGUAACCACAUUCUUGUCACAACACUUCCUGAAAAACACGGGAUGGAUCGACAUGGUGUACUACAGAGAUACGCCCCUCGUCGUCGCAGCCUUACUGAACUACUUCUUGAUCCGCAAUGUCGUGCCAGAGCAUGAGGCAGAUCUUCGUGCUGCACUGGCAGUGGCCGUUCAAGCGCAGAUUGAACUACCUUUCAUCAAGAUGAUCAGCAAUGGAUGGCCAAGUCGAUACGACAAGGCCUGCUCGCUCCUGUACGGUGGCGAGUGGUAUGGAUUCCUGGAUAACGAGUGGCAGGAUCAGCGUGUUUUGAUCGAUACAAUGGGCAUGGAUAGACUCACUGCAGAGAAAAUCGUGCAGUCCUUGACUGGCCCAGAUGUGGAUAUCCACACUAUCAAGGUUAGCCCACGCGAAUUCUUGGACCUAGAGAUCAUCAACGUGGAUCUGCCUGACGGGAUCGCGGCUACAGGCGACAGUCCAGCGCGCGCUGAAUCGCCAGUUGUGAUGCCGGAAGAAGAAGAGGCACGAAUAGUUGCCAUGGUCGACAAGAUGCUGCUUGGUGGAUCCGAGGCUCCUACGUCGCAACCAGAUGAGACCGAAUCGAAUGGACCUGAGAUAGAGGAGGCGGUCAUACAUAUCCCUGCGCUUGCUAAGGUGACCUUCGCAGAGUGGGACUCUGAUCUACCAAGGGAGGAGCAGCAACCAAUCGACCGGCGUCGCAAGGUCCAGGUGUAUUUCGACCCCAGUAUCGCCACAAAAAUGAUGCAAAGAAUGAGGGUCCAGGCCUAUGUCUAUACUCUGUCAAAUGGCAUGUCGUACCUGGAACAGGCGUCCGUCUAUCCCACCUUCUACUUGGAGGCGGACGAAAUCGAGGGAUCUAUCGAUGAUACUGACGAUUGAACCUGUUGGCCAUCCCGCGCCUGUUGCAUACAAUGGGGGAAAGAGAGGGGGAGGAGAAGGAGGAAGAAGAGGAGGGGAGGAGGAGGCGCAUCGGUAAUAUAUGCAAUAUACAGCAGCAUAGCAUUUCUCACAAUAAAAACUGUACCAUACUGA